AUGCCUCAAGUCUUCAACUUAUCGCAGACCCCUGUUACCGCCCAUGCGUUCAGCGCGGACAACGCCCAGCUCGCGACUAGCUUCAACUCCAACGAUGUCCAGAUAUUUGCGCGUCAGGGCGCUGCCUGGGUGCCAACAGAGAUACUUUCCGAGCACGACAAACUCAUCACCUCCAUUGACUGGGCCCCCAACUCGAACCGCAUCGUGACAUCCUCUCAGGACCGCAAUGCCUACGUCUGGCAGCAAACACAGGACCCAUCCACGGGGAAGCUGAUCUGGAAGCCAACCCUCGUGUUGCUCAGAAUUAACCGUGCUGCGACACAUGUGCGAUGGAGCCCCAAGGAGGACAAGUUUGCGGUUGCCAGCGGUGCACGCGCAAUCGCCAUCUGCUCGUUUGACCCAGAAAACAACUGGUGGGUCUCGAAGCUACUCAAGAAACCUCUCCGCUCCACCGUUCUUUCCGUUGACUGGCACCCGAACAACGUGUUGCUCGCGUCAGGGAGUGCAGACAUGAAAGCUCGUGUAUUUUCAGCGUAUAUCAAGGAGGUCGAUGACAAACCCGCUCCCACUGUUUGGGGCUCCAAGUUACCUUUCAACACCGUUUGUGGGGAAUAUGCGAGUCCUUCUGGUGGCUGGGUCCAUGCUGUCAGUUUCUCGCCAUCUGGAGAUGUUCUAGCGUUUGCGAGUCACGACAGCUCGAUCAGCAUUGUCUACCCUGGAGGACCAACUAUCUGCACCAUCCGCAUCUCAUCACUGCCCUUCGUCACGCUCACGUGGACUGCGGAGGACACGGUGGUUGCCGCUGGUCAUGACUGCCAACCUGUUGUCUUUUCCGGUUCAGAAGGAGGCUGGCAAGGAGUGGGAAGUCUCGACGAUAGUACAUCCGGAAAACCUGCUGGCCCUGGGUCUAAUUCUCCCGUUGGCCGUCUCAACUCUGCUGCCUUUUCCACCUUCCGCGAUGCCGAUAGUCGCGGUCACACUUCUGCGAAAGCUUCGAGCGACGCUAAACUCUUGACUGUCCACCAGAAUACGAUCACCAGCAUCCGUCCCUUUGAGACCAAGGGUGGACGCGUUACCAAGGUCAGCACUAGCGGUGUGGAUGGCAAUCUUGUCAUCUGGGACACGGACAGUGUGAAUGCUCUAGCGGGUCGUGUCGGCGGACUGCGCGUGUAG